UCUCCGGGUUUUAACAAGAUCUGGCUGAUUUCCUAACCUCCUCACAGCUGAAUGACCUUUCACUCCUGAGAGAAAUGGAGACCAGCUCUUGCACACUGCCGUCUGGAAGAUCCCUGCCCUUCACCUCCUCACCCCAGCAGAUCUCUUUGAAUAGCAAUGUUUCACUCCCGCUUUCCCCCAUCUCAUCACCCCCAUCCCCUACCUCACUUUCCCCCACAGCCGAGUCUCCUCAUUCAUCUUCCCCACUUUCAGACUGUACUUCAUCACAUUGCCUCGAAGGACAAAACUCACAAAACCUCAGGUGGGAAAAUGUAUCUGACCAAGAUGACCUGACCUGCCUCAACUGGCUGCAUCAGAGAGGCAACCUGCUCCCUCUACAGCCCCUUGCCAAAAUGACACUACUUCCUCAGCAAGAUUCCUGCACGCCUGCCCAACCUCUUCCACCUCCUGCCUCAUUAAAGCCGCCAUACUCCUUCAGCAGUCUGAUUUUCAUGGCAAUAGAGGAUUCUUCACACAAAAUGCUUCCAGUGAAAGACAUCUAUGAAUGGAUUGUGAACAAUUUCCCUUACUACAGGACAGGGACUGGAGGCUGGAGGAACUCAGUUAGACACAACUUGUCCUUGAGCAAGAGCUUCUGUCGCAUUCAGAGGGACAAGAACCAGUCAGUGGGGAAGGGCUCGCUUUGGUGUGUGUGUCCACAGUAUCGAUCAGCCCUGCUGGAGGUGCUGAAGAAGACCCACAGUUAUCACAGCAACAACAGCAAUCUCAUAAAUAGGCCUGCACUGUUGGAAGGAACUGACUAUGAAACACCAGCGGUCGGUGAUAUAAUAGAAAUCUCAGACCCUCUGUCUCACACCCUGCUCCUCUCCACUUCCUCACCCCAUAUCUUCACUUCUGAUAACCCAACUUUUGCUGAGAACCCAGCAUGUCCUUUGACCCCAGAUCAUGAGGAACUUGUCACCACGGAGUCAUGUGAAUACCAGCAGGAGGAGGUCGGCAAAGACAUUGAGAAAGACCCCAUGUCUGACAGUGGGUACAUCGAGUUACACUAUUACCAGUCUGAUCAGUAUCAGUACCUGGUGCUGCCAGAAGACAGCGAGCUGGACCUGGAGACUGUGGAGAUCCUUCAGCUGGAUGCCGAGGCCCAGGAGGCUGCUGGGUCACUGCUGGACCUGGCAGGUGGAGGAUAUUAGUCCAUAUCACAGCUGACUGUCGCGCUUCAGUCCACUGUAAGCAAAUAUUUUAACAGAUCAACACAAAGUUGGAUUAUUAUAAAAUUUGAGAUAGUGACACUACCCUUUUAAUUGUGUAUUGUUGUGUACCUAGAUAGCAAUAUAUAUAAAAGAACUAAUGUAAAACUGCGGUUCACAUUACUUCAUAUGUAUUUUGGCACUUCAUGCUCCCUCUCAUACCACAUAUCACAAAAAACAAUUUCAGCUAAGUAUUAAUAUAUUUAUAUUUAAAACUGAGAGAAAAGUAUUCACUUAGUUAGUUUUUCACUGUUUUCCAAAAGAUUAAACUCAUUCUCAGGUGUGGUAGGAGUGCUUCCAGCUCAAGUAGAACAACUGUUUUUAAGUUAAGUUUCUUGUGCAGAAGUUUAACUUACAUACUGUUAAAAAUGAACAUUGCAUUUACUCACAUCCACACUGUUACCACUAAGUUUUAAAUGUGUUACCAAUGAUACCCACUUUGUCAAAUGUCAUGGUGAAUGUAUUUUUGUUGUAUUCAUAACUAUUUCUGUGGUUCAUUCUGAAAAAUGAUCUAUCUUAAAAUAACAUAUUAAUUGAGGUUGAAAGCGGUGUUAAUCUGGCCCUCACACCUAUUGCCACCAGCCCCCAGGUGCCAUUGUCUUCCCACACUAUUGCAUUAAUUAGGUCCUAUGACAAUGCCAGGCCGCUACAUUUGCACUUCCUGUGAUUUGUGUGAGGCAUUAUAAACUUCUUAAGUACUUUCUCUGAAUGUUUGACAUAUCAUUGCGGGAGGCACAGCACAUCAAAAGGUUAAGCAUGUUUUUUCCCUUCACCACAUGCUGCCGUUAUGAGUAUGAGCAAAUAUGGGCAUCGGUUCAGAGUGAUAACAAAUAGAGAAUGUCUUUUGUACACCCAUGCCCAGCACCCAUAAAAUACCUAAUGUCGUAUGACACCUGAUGUGUGUGAAAGCUUGUGUGUUUUUGGUCAUAUUAAGGCCCACAAAAGGCAAGUGAUUUAGGAUAAACAAUGAUGAUGAUGAUAAUAAUAAUUAUUAUUGUUAUUAUUAUUAUUAUUAUUAUUAUUAUUAUUAUUAUUAUUAUUAUUAUUAUUAUUAUUAUUAUUAAUAAACCUCAUUAAAAAGGACAGGGUCCUUGAACCUUCAGUGAUCGGGCCCUAAUUAGAUAAUGUGUUAUUUAUUAUGUGAUUACAGUUGUAGAUCAUACUCAGCAGCAUUUUUUUUAAAUUAUUGUUAUUUUUUGUUACCCUUGUUAUUCUUCAGAUUAUGUUCACUUAUUUUUUUUCACUGCACUAUAUUGUAUACUCUUCAAAGAAAAACUGUCUUGGUUGUCAGUAUAUCUAAAACACUGGAUAAUACCAUGUAAUCUAAGCUGAACUCAGACAAGAGGGAUUUAUUUGUAAUUAAUUAGCUCACUGCCAUUUAAAUGUCUUUUUAUUUCAGGUACUUUGGAUUUCUGUUAUAAAUUGUAUGCAUG